GGCGAAUGGGAGGGUGACAGAGAGUGUUUCCUAAUAAAAGAGUUUUGCUCUUAUUUUAUGGCAUCUGUCUCCAUUUGCUUUCAAAUAUUUUCCCUAAUUGCAUUUAUUUCCCCUCUUCACUUAUUUCUGUGCCAUUAAUAAACACAAGAUAGUGUCCCUAAGCUUCUCUUUUUCUUUUUUUUUUUUUCAUUUUCGGUGGGUGUGUAUCGCUUACCGCUAUAAGCCUAUAAUAUUACCACACACCACUUACACCUCCUUAAAAGUAAUAAUAAUCGAAAACAUAUCUUUCUUGUUUAAUUAUUAAUUAAUUCGUUCUUGUGUAGGAAGAGGAGUUUAAUUUUGGUGGCUUAUAAAUAGUGCUUUAAGGUGGUUAUUAUUAUUUUGAUUAUUAUUAAGUGAUUGAUUUGAGAGAGAAAUUAAAGCAUGAAGAGUGUGAAGGAAAAGAUGAAGUCAUCACAAGCAAUAGUGAGUAUGUUAAUGGUGCAAAUAUUCGCAACUGGGAUGCAGCUUCUAUCAAGAGUGAUAUUGGUUAAUGGCACCUUCAUUUUCGCACUCACUUCUUAUCGCCAUGUUGUUGCUGCUCUUUUUGUUGCCCCUUUUGCUCUUUACUUUGAAAGAGACAGGGAAAAGAAAUUCACUUUGAAAGUAUGGUUUUGGAUCUUCAUUAACGCUUUAACUGGAAUGACAAUGGCUCAGGGAUUGUAUUAUUAUGGGUUGAGGGACACUUCAGCUACUUACUCCAUCAAUUUUCUCAACCUGGUUCCAAUAUGCACAUUUGCUGUGUCUAUUAUAUGCAGAAUGGAGAAACUGAGGGUGAAAACAUGGGGUGGUAGAGCAAAGUGUGUGGGAGCAAUAUUGUGUGUUGGAGGUGCAUUGGUUACAAGCCUUUACAAAGGCCAUGAAUUCUUCAUUGGUCAACACCACCAUGAUUCUCAUUCUUCUGCUUUGACUCACAAGACCAACAUGCUUCGUGGAACUAUCUUCUUGGUUCUUAGCUGCUUCUCAUACACAGCUUGGUUCAUUGUGCAAGUAAAGUUGCUGAAAGAAUUUCCAUUUAAAUAUUGGGGAACAAUGCUAGCUUGUAUUAUGGCAUCAAUUCAAUCUGUAGUAAUUGGCUUAUGCAUAGAUUCCAGCGGUGCUUCUUGGAAGAUACACUGGAAUCUACAGCUUGUUACUAUACUCUAUUCGGGAGUACUUGCUACGGGUGCAACAUUUUGUUUACUUUCAUGGGCUAUUUCAGUAAAAGGACCAACAUACCCUCCAAUGUUUAAUCCCCUUGCUCUUAUUUUUGUGGCCAUAUCAGAAGCUCUCGUACUUGGUGAACCAUUAAAAGUUGGAACGUUGUUGGGGAUGGUUUUGAUAAUAUCAGGAUUGUACUCAUUCUUGUGGGGAAAAAAGAAGGAACCAAAAAGCUUGGUUCAAUCAAAUGUGGUGGCGGCAGAAGUGUCAGCUGACUCUGCAGUGCCACAAGCACAAGCAACUGCUGUUGUAGUACCAAGAGUUUCUUCACCUACUAGUAAUGUAGUUUUAGAGAUAGAAACUACUAACAAGUAAGAAGGAUACACCUCAACCAUACAAAAUGUUAACUAGAUUAAAUCACCUUUAGAGCUUAAUAUCAUUAACUGGUAUUAAUUGGGGAAAAAAGACAGCGAUCUCUUAAUUUAUUUCUAGGUACCGUAUACUUUGAGUUAAGUGAUUACUGCUGGGUCAAAAGUUGUAAAUAAUUGCAAAAUGUAAUUUCUCUAUUUUGCCCUUGGGAGAGGGAUGGAACAAAUGUGCAGUUUAAUAGAAGAGAAUUUGGUUACCAUUGUGCC